AUGGCUGUAACAACAGAUCACAUUCGUGACAAACUAAUCAAGGAGAUCGGAGCGAUGCAUGUGGUAUGUAUCAUGUUUCCCCAUUCUCCAAUGAAUGCAAACACACGUAUGCUGCCCCCCCCCCCCCCCUCCCCAAUGACGUUAGUGGGCUACGUUAGCCAUAUCUAUGUUGGUCAUUUUAUAUUUAACAUUUACACUCCUCCUGGAGAGCUACUGGGUGUUCAAGCUUUGGCACACUCUAGCCUGAUUCUACUAAUCAAUUGCUCACAGGUUAGUCGAGGUAAUUUGUACAUGUAGGUAGGGGUAAAGUGACUAUGCAUAGAUAAUAGCAGGUAGCAGCAGUGUAAAAACAAAUUGAGGGGGGAGUCAAUGUAAACAGUCUGGGUGGCCAUUUGAUAACUUGUUGAGCAGUCUUAUGGCUUGGGGGUAGAAGCUGUUAAGGAGUCUUUUGGUCCUAGACUUGGCGCUCCGGUACCGCUUGCCUGUGCGGUAGCAGAGAGAACAGUCUAUGACUAGGGUGACUGGAGUCUUUGCCAAUUUUUGGCCUUUCCUCUGACACCGCCUGGUAUAGAGGUCCUGGAUGGCAGAAAGCUUGGCCCCAGUGAUGUACUGGGCCGUACGCACUAUAUUCUGUAGCGCCCUACGGUCAGAUGCUGAGCAGUUGCCAUAGCAGGUGGUGACGCAACCGGUCAGGAUGCUCUUGAUGGUGCAGCUGUAUAACUUUUUUGAGGAUCUGGGGACCCAUGCCAAAUCUUUUCAGUUUCCUGAGGGGGAAAAGGCUUUGUCGUGCCCUCUUCACAACUGUCUUGGUGUGUUUGGACCAUGAUCGUUUGUAGAUGUGUUUGGAUUGGAGCAAAAGCGUGCACCCCCAGGGGCUGUGGUAUGACCCCACCAAUGACCUGUUCUACCGGCUUUGUUUUGACAGGAGGUCGAAGACACGUCCCCUAACCGAUGUGCUGCCAGCUUUAAAGUUCUAAUAGUGUCGACCCAGUUUGAGGGGAAACCACUGCUGGCGAGACACAGGUAGGCUAAGUGAAGUACACGGUGGGCAGGCAGAGCUGAUAUGGGUUAUGACAUACUCUUGUUUCUGAUUUUUUGUUCGUCAGGAUGGUGAACACCUGCCUGGCAGAAGAGCUGAAAGAGAUCCACGCCUUUGAACAGAAGACGCUGACUCCAGAACAGUGGGAGAAACAGAAAGCACAGUGA